AUGUCGCUUGAGGAAUUCUUCUCACCCGUGGACCACAAUCCAAACAAUAUCGGUAGCAUUUCCACGCCGACUACUUCGGCUCGCCAUCUUGACACUUUCAACGGCUCAAUCGUACCCAAAGGUCUAUUGAAUGCAUAUCAAGCAUUUCAUCCGGAGAAUCUACUGGUUCCUGUUCAGCCGCAGUUGCCUGAAUUGUCUCCAACACAUUUCUCGUAUGACCACUUCUUUCCGCCAUAUUCCAAUACCGCGAUUAACUCGACUAAUCAUACGAGGCAUCAUUCGGCAGACAACUCUCCGCUUGAAUCCAUUCAUCCUACAUUCCAUCCAUCUCCCACAUUUGCCUCACCAACGACGAAUGCUUAUCGGUGA